AUGGAAACUACUAAUCCAACAAGACAGAUGAAACAACAGUGUUGCAGAGAGAUGAGGGACGUUACUGAAAGCUGUAGAUGUGAAGCAGUGAACAUGAUGAUGCAAGACAUGAUGCAAAGAGAAGAAUACCAGGGUCAAGAUAUGCAAGAGAUGAUGCGAACUGCUAAACGACUACCUUCUAUGUGUAACAUGAAGCCUCAGUACUGUGAAAUUCGCAGAACUUCGGAAACUGAAAUAGAAUCAGGGCAACAAUCAGAGAGGUGCCAAAGAGAGAUGCAAGGGAUGCGUAUGAAUAUGUGCCAAUGA